GCACCGUACAAGCGGCGGUUAGACCUGUCCCCGGGAUGUCGGUGUUGCGGCCGAUGGACAAACUGCCUGGCCUGAACACGGCCACCAUCUUGCUGGUGGGCACGGAGGAGGAUCUUCUGCAGCAGCUGGCCGAUGCGAUGCUCAAGGAAGAUUGCACAUCGGAGCUGAAGGUCCACUUGGCAAAGUCCCUCCCUCUGCCUGCCAGUGUGAAUCGACCCCGAAUUGACUUGAUUGUGUUUGUAGUCAACCUUCACAGCAGACACAGCCUCCGGAAUGUUGAGGCGUCCCUGCACCACGUGGACGCCACCUUCUUCCUGGGGAAGGUGAGCUUCCUCGCCACAGGCGCUGGGCGGGAGAGCCACUGCAGCAUUCACCGGAACACCGUCGUGAAGCUGGCGCACACCUACCGGAGCCCCCUGCUCUUCUGUGACCUGGAGAUAGAAGACUUUCGAGCCACCAUGGCGCAGCGCCUGGUCCGCAUGCUGCAGAUCUGCGCCGGCCACGUGCCCGGCGUCUCGGCCCUGACCCUGCUGUCCCUGCUGGGGAGCUCUGAGAACCCCUCCCUGGAGGACCUGUGAGGGCCACCGGCCCCCGUGCCGCCCGUCCCCGGGGCUUGGUGCCCGGCUCAGUGAACAGUCACUGUUGCGGGG